CUGUGUUUUUAAUAUGGCGGAAAUUAUGUCGGAAACGUGAGAUUUGUGAUUUUUUACGUAAUUUGGUAUUCGUAACGGAGCAUAAAUCUUUGUAUAUAUUCUGAGUUGUUAGUCAAAAUCUCGAUUCGGUUGGGGUUAUUGGACCACGUGUGUACCAUCAUUAAUUAAUUAUGGAAAGUGAAUUUCAAGAGAUAACACAGAGUUCCAAUAUUUGGAAUAAUUUUCGUGGUGAUAAUUCAAUAGAUUGUGAGAAAGAAGAAGUAAUCAAGAAGUAUGAUAUUAAGAAUGUUAUUAAAUCAGAGUGUCGAGUUGUUUUGAAAAAAUUGAAUAUUACACUAAAGACUGGAAAUUAUGAAAUCUACCUCCCAGAAGAAAAUGUACUCUUAAAGGUUAUGAGGAGAAAUUCAUCUAUCAUUCCUCAGGAAAGAUUUAAUAGAAAUGGAAUGAAGAUACAAAUGAACAAGGACGAACAGAAUGAGAAACAUGUUAUUCAUCACAAUCGAAAAAGACCAAAGCGUUAUCAAUUUAAGAGCAACAGGAAGAGAUCCAUUUCUUCAAUUACGAAAAUCAAUAAAAUUCGAAGCAGUAUUAAAAACAAAUACCUCAAUGUACUGUGGGCAUCUCAUCCUAAAGAAUACUUUACAUGUAAUUUAUGCUUGAAAACUUUUGCAAAUUACAAAGUAUUAAGAACCCAUCUGUUUUUUCAUAUUGGAAACAAACGAUUUCACUGCUCAACCUGCCAUCAGAUGUUUCCCUGGAUCUUUCUUUUGAGAAGACACAUGAGAGAACACGCCUAUGAACAUCAUAUCGAACAUGAUAAUAGAAUAGUCCGCAUGAAGUCGUCUUCAAAAUAUCUUCUAAAUCCACUUAUUCGAUGGAAUCCCUUUCACUGUGACAUUUGUGAUAAGAGCGUUUUGACAAUAAGCCGAGUAAAGAUGCGUGAUAGAACGCAUUUAGCUCAUAUUUGUAAGCUAUGUAAAAAAGAAUUUAAGUGGGAAUCUCAGUUGAAAAUUCAUCUGGCAACGCAUAGCGAAGACCGACCUUAUAAAUGCGAUAUUUGUAGUAAGUGUUUUAAAUCAAAAGCCUCUGUAAUAAAUCAUAAAGUUGCUCAUAAUUAUGAUAGGAAUUAUAUUUGUCAGCUAUGUGAUAGAGGUUUUAAAACGCAAGGAGCUUUAAAGAGUCAUUCCGAAAUACACAAUGUUGAAUAUAAAUAUAUUUGUAAGAUCUGUAAGAAAAGUUUUAAAACGCAAGUGUCUUUAAAGAGUCAUCUCGAAAUACACAAUGUUGAAUAUAAAUAUAUGUGUCCUAUCUGUAACAAACGUUUUAAAACAAAGAACUGUUUAUCUGUUCAUAAAUCGAUACAUAGACGUAAUUAUGUAAUAUAGGAAAAACCUGCCAAAUCAGGGAAAAAUAUUGGGUACCUUGCCAUUCCAUUUUAGAUGAGUUUCACCGUAUGUAAGAAAAGUUUUAAACCUAAUACGAGUUGUACUUUAGUAAGAAACCGCAUUGUUUAAUUUAACAUGAUAAUACGUAAGUGUGUGGAUUUUGUCUAAAGCUUUCAAAAAGUCAUAGUGAAAAGUGUAAUAUCUGUGAAAAGGAAUUGAAAAAUAAACACAAGUUAAAUCUUUAUGAUAAAACUCGCCUUAAUGCAAGGAUGUUUUGUUGCAAGAUGUGUAGUAGGAUCUUACAACAUAAAGUAAGUAAAAACAUUCUUUGGAAUUAAGUACAAAAUUACUUUUACAUAGGAACACUUUUUAAAUUGAAAAGGUAGACUUUAUUUUCUAUUUUUUACAAAAGGAAAUGUAUUUUGUGCCAUUUGCUCCUCCAUCUUUCUUUAAUGUAUAAUAUGAUAAAAUUGGAAAGAUAGCUAAUGGUGACUAGUGAAAGGUUAAAAAGUAUUUCAUUAAGUUAAUCAAGAUUUAUCUAACUAAUUGCACGAACAGGUUUUAAUUAAAGAGGAAAUAAAUCAAAAUACCAUUUAUUGCUUUCUUGUAUAAAACUGCGCAGCAAGCAAUUUAUCUUAUCAAUAUGUUAUAACUAACAGACUUAUAGAAUCGAUUUGGAGAGGUGUUUAAUCAUUUACAAAGAUGAGAUACAUAGAUAAAUUCUGCUGUGGCAUUUGUAAAAGGAAAAUUCGCUGAAAAACUGGAAUUACAAACCAUCAGAAAAUUUCCAAGAUGAUCCACAGGAGGAAUAUAUCAAUGCAAAGAGGCAUUAGGAAAAGUGUGUUUUAAAUAGGAAUAUGCAGAUAAAUACCAUUUUCAGCAUUAAGAAAUGUGAUAUUUGUGAUAAAAAAAUUAAAUAAUUCUGUAAAGUUUUACGAUGCGAAGUCAUCUUCCACAAAGAAAUUUCUUGUGAAAUCGGUUGAAACCAUUUAAACACAAUACGUCUAAAUCAUAACUACAUUUGUACUUAUUUAAAUGCAGCAAGUAAAUGAGAUAUGUAUGAAAAAGCAAUGUUUAAAAUAAAUAAGUGUAGGGUAGAAGAUUGAUUUCAUAAUUACUGACAUUUCGUGUAUAAUUACAAGUGAAAAAUGAUUAUUUUUUAAUAUAGGAAUACAGUCGUCCCCGCUAUAACACUGUUGAUAAUUCCGUUUUAUAUGAAUUCCGUGU